GGCGCACAAGACCCGCCCUCUGUGACGUAGGCAGCCUGCAGCUCAGCGCAGCGUCAGGCGAAGAGCAGCCAGGAGCAGCGGGCAGAGAGAGAGCAGCUGGAGCGGACGCUGGCCGGAUGGUUAAAUCCAACCUACAGACGAUUUUGAAUAGUCAUUGUUUUGUUAGAGAAAAAGAGAGAAACUUAUCCGAGAUGCCUGUUAUUGAACAAUCCAGUAAUAAACCUGAAAGUGAAAGUAUCUCCAGUCCCAGGAGGUGCUCCCGCUGUUGCAGUAACCCGUGUCCGGGGCCUCUGUGGUGCUCCGAUGCCCCUCUCCCACCCCUGAAGAUCCCAGGUGGGCGAGGGAAUGACCAGCGGGAUCGCAAUCUUUCAGCUAAGCUAUUCUAUUCUGAUGCUCAGUUGCUGGUUCUUGAGGAGCCUCCCCCUGCCAACAGCAGAGUACGAUUCUUGCUGUUUGAGCCCCGGCGCUCUGAAGGCAAGCACUGUGUCUGGAGGGUGGUGCUGAAAGGAGGGAACCUUUAUGUUGAAAUCCCCCCUGGAGCUUUGCCCGAGGGCAGUAAAGACAGUUUUGCUCUUCUGCUGGAAUUCGCAGAAGAGCAGCUUCAGGUCGAUCACGUCUUCAUCUGUUUUCACAAGAGUCGUGACGAUAGAGCAUCCCUGCUGCGUACAUUCAGUUUCCUGGGCUUUGAGAUUGUUAGACCGGGUCAUCCCCUCGUCCCCUCCCGCCCUGACGCUUUCUUCAUGGCUUACAGCAUCGAGCGAGACUCCUCUGAUGAUGAUUAAAUGACGCUGAGCAGUUACAAAUCUUUGUUGUUCUUUUUCAAUCCAUACCCACACAUGUUUAUAAUUUUUGGAAAUGAAUAUAUUAUCCAAGAUCAGUAUCAGUAACAGGUUUCCUGUAAGAGGUUUCUCUUUUGUUUGUUUUACCUACCACGUGCUGUGUUUCAGUGAUAUUUGCACUAGGGUAAGAUGUUAAUAUACCAGGAAUGUAAAGCAAGCACCCUCAUAAUAUCUGGGCAAUGCAUCCUCGCCACUGUAUUACUUUCCAUGAUGUGUAGUGCUGACCUCCUCUUCACCCUCCCUCAACACCCCAACGAUCAUCUCCAGUGUAAUAUUUAUGAAAAAAUUUAAAUUCAUCAUGCUCAUGUAAGUAGGGAUGUUUUCAUAGUAUCAGUUGAUUCUCCUGUUUAUAUUGAUUUUUUUUUUUUAAUGUGUGCAUGAUUUUCUUUUGUUGGUUGAUUCACUUGAUAGAAAUCUGCAUGUUGUAACUACUAAAUAAAAGUGCUCACCUUAGA